AGUUGUAGUUUUAUUGAGCUUGUCGCCGCUCGCUCCGGAGCUAGCGUCUGUAGUCCUCUACAUGCUCCUCGGUAGAUGAAAUUAGCGGCGAACAGACUUCCUUUCGGGUAAAUCGGCAGCUGUCGCCACUUCUCUCGGCUCUCGUCCCAAGGCCAGAUCAUGUCGGACUUUUCGCUGGCAGACGCUCUGGGAGACGACGCUCCAAAAGAGGCCAAAAAGAUCGGACACACAAACCCCACAAACCCGUCUGCUCCUCCGCCCGCCAACCCGGGCUGGCCCGGCUCCGCCCCCGGCGCCCCCUCCCAGCCCCCGGGCCCCGGGCAGUACCCGUCCGGUUCUCCUUACUCCGGUCCCGGGGCUCCGUCGGGCCCGUUCCCCGGCGCCCCCUCUGCCCCCGGGGGCUUCCCUCCCCCUGGACCCGGCGCCCCAGGACAGUUCCCCCCCGGAGCUCCAGCUCCCGGUCAGUUCCCCUCCAGUCCCGGAGCUCCAGGGCAGUUUCCUCCACACUACCCGCCCGAGGGGGUCCCAGGACAGCUGCCCGGGGGCCCGGUGCCGUACCCCUCCGGACCCUUCCCCUCUGGACCCGGGGCGCCGGCCGGACCCUACCCCAACGUGCCUUUCCCUGGAGCUCAGCCCGGAGGUCCCGGUGCGUUCCCCCCCGGCCCUGGAGGCUUCCCCCCGUACCCCUCCGGAGGCUUCCCCCCGCUGCCCCCCGGCUCGUGGGGGCCCCCUGCUGGUGGGGGCUUCCCUCCGGCUCCGGGUGCCUUUGGCCCCGGCCCCGGCCCCGUGGGUCCGUACGGAGGUCCUAUGAUGGUGCCGUUCGACCUGCCGCUCCACGCCGGAAUUAUGCCCAGACUUUUAAUCACGAUUGUGGGGGAACCUGUGCCUGGAGGAGAGAGGUUCCAGGUCGACUUCUUGAAGGGCUCGGACGUGGUUUUCCACUUUAAUCCUCGCUUCCCUGAAAACACCAUCGUGAGGAACUCAAACCUGGGCGGGUUCUGGGGCCCCGAGGAGCGAGAGGCGCCUUUUCCCUUCGUGCAGGGCCAGAGGUUUGAGCUGAAGAUCCUGGUGGAGGAGGACAUGUUCAAAGUGGCCGUGGACGGGACUCACCUGCUGGAGUACGAGCACAGAGUGGGCGGCCUGGAGGAGGUGACGCUGCUGAGGAUCAUGGGAGACGUAGUUCUGUACAGCGCCGCCCCGAGCAUGAUCUGAACCACUGUUUCUCUCUCUCUGCUGCUCCGGUUUUUACACUCACUCACGGCGACAAACGGGGCUCCUCAUGCACGAGAACGGACUGAUUUUUGAAAGAAAAUGACACAGAAAAUCAGUUUUUAAAGCCAUUAAUCAAUUAUAGAAUUUACAGAAACGCCCACAUUUAUUUAAAGUUCCUGUAUUAUGCAAAACGAUAUUUUAAAAAAAAGCUGGUGCUCAGAGAAGUGAAGCCGUUUCAAAACUCGGUGGAGCACUUCCUGUAUCACCACUCGAUGACAUCACAAGGUGGAACAGAGCGUUUCCAGUUUGAGUAACGAAACUAAAUGUCCAGGAUUUGUGCGUUUUUAAACUUGUGUGAAUGAAACGAAACACGACUCCGGCGCGUCCGUUUGCGACGAGGAAACGAAAAAUAGUGCAAUACGGCCCUUAAAUAUUCACGUUUAAAAAAAUAAUAAUAAUACAUUUUUGUUCUAAUAAUUUUAAUAGAAGAGAGGAUUUUGUCACAGAAUAAUGCCUCAAAUUCACAAGUUUUUGGUUUUUCUUUUCAUUUAAAUUGUGGAUUUUAUAGUUUUAGUCGACACAUUUUUCUGUUAUAAUUCACGUUAAUACAGAUAUUAUUCUAGAAAACUUGGGAUUUUUAAGUUGAAAUAAGUUAAAUGUUUAUUCACUAACUCCUAUUUUGUUCUUUAAUAAUACAGAAAUAAUAAUAAUUGAGGCUUUGCACCGUCACGUGUCCCCAUGGCAACGGUACCUACGCCGCCAUGACACCGGACACACU